AUGUCGUUCCCAAGCCGCGGACGCGGUCGCGGCAGCAGUCGUGGGAAUAGACCGGCUGCAUCACCGCGCGGCGCACCUUCAAGGUCAUCGAAUCCCAAUGGCAAUGUGCCCAGUGGUCCCGCGCGAGGAGGGUUUGGAUCUUCACGAGGAACAUUUGGAGCAGCAACCCGAGGAAGUGGAGCUCAAGUACCUCGAGGAGGUCGAGGAGGCAGUACAUCGCGCGGCAAUGCCUUCAUUAAGCCGCCGUCAAGAAGAGCUGCGAACGGUGGCGCGAUGGCAGGAGGUCUAUUAAAGGACAGAUACGAACAGCUCAAAAAGAUUCGCGAGUUGGAGCGCAAGGAUGCGGAGCGGCAGGGUAUUGUCAGUGCCCCGGGGCAGGCGCGCCUACUAUCAGACGCUGUGACACCCGUUGGGACGUGCCUGGACAUGUGCGCAGAAUGGGAGAGGGUGGAGAGAGCGUAUCAGAACAGCGUUGCGCCUGAAGAACUGGACCCUGAUCACUCUGCCUAUGCGCCUGGUGGCCCAUUGCCUGUCGAAGCACGGAUGGUCAAGAAGUUCAAGAGACCCGGAGCUGGAGAUGGCGACCAGCUGCCUUCUGACCUUCGACCUCCACAUGUACUGAGAACGACCUGUGAUUAUCUUUUCCGGGAUCUUCUCGCCAACGCGCCAUCGCUCGCUUCGGUACACGGCUUCAUCUGGGAUCGGACCAGGGCAAUACGAAACGACUUUUCCAUCCAGCAGGUAACAAAACUGGACGAUGUUCGAAUUGCAAUCGAGUGCUUCGAGCGGAUUGCGCGUUUCCACAUAUUGGCACUACAUCAAAUGGCAACGCCAGAAUCGCAACAAGCAGCGCGUAGGGCAGAAACGACGUAUGAGCCGCAGCAAGAACGUGAGCAACUCGACCGAACACUGCUCUCACUAAUGCAGUACUAUGACGACUACCGAGGACGGCUGGAGCUCACCAAUGAGGCCGAGUUCCGCUCAUACUGUGUGAUAUUCCAGCUCGACAGCUCGCAGACUGAUACCGAAGAUCGCGUCCAGACUUGGCCAAAAGCUCUCCUCGGGGACCGCAAAAUACAGGCCGCGUUGUCGCUCUUUGCUGCUGCCUGCAGUACUUUCCGUCGACUGGGGCCUUUCAAGGCACUUGCUACCGAGCAUGUUAUUGCGCGACAGGAUUGGGAAGGCUUCUGGAAGGUGAUGAACUCAUCUAAGAUUUCAUAUCUACAGGCCUGCGUUGCCGAGAUCUACUUUCACCUUCUGAGAGACGUGGUCUUAAGGUCUAUCAUACGAGCAAUGCGGCCUAUGAAACCCGUCAACGGGAAGCUUGGCCCCAACACAGAAUGGAGCAUGCAUGAUCUCCGGGAUCUGUUCUACUUCGAUGACGAUGAACAACUGAUUGCAUUCUGUGCGCUCUACGACCUCGAAUUCUACCAGGUCGGUGACGAAGACUAUCUGGAUGUUAGUUCCGUCGCGGGCAAGACUCUGCAGACCCCGACUUUUGGGAAGUCUAUACAGGAGAGCUCCUGGAUAGUUGAACAAAAGCGGCUAGGUCGAUCUUGGGCUGCUGUCAUUGAUGGAAUGAACGUCCAACAGGCACGCAACGCUGGAAUGAUUCAUGAGAAUGGGGAGAAUGAGGACAUGACGAACGCGGCGGAGGAACAGGAGACGGGUGGCUCAGGCGAGGAUGAUCCAGAAUCGCUGUUCAUUCCCGAGAAUCAAAACACCAGUGGCACGACAGUGCAAGAGCCCAAAAAUGCCACACCAGCGGGUUUCAUGUCAUCGUCGCCUUUUGGACAAACAAGCAAUGCUUCCGGGACCAUGUUUGGACAGCUGAAACCUUCCACCUUUGGUCAACCAAGCGGCGAAUUGUCACUCAGCAAGCCUUCAGCAUUUGGACAGCCUACCCCUCCGGUGACAUCGUUCGGCCAGGCGAAGCCUACAGUAACGAGUGAAAAGAAGCCGACUUUCAGUUUUCUGGGCCCAUCGGUAACGGGGUCAGGUGUAGAGCCAAAGGCAGCCGUAGCAGGGACAUCGCCGUUUUCGACACCUGGAAGCUUGUUUGGUCUCGCGGGUUCCUCGCCGACCACUGCGUUCCCUGACAAGACGUUGGAUAAGCCAGCUGCGCAGCCAUCUACUUCGCCAUUUGGGCAGCCGGCCGCCAGCCUUGCACCAAGCCUGUUUGCGCCCAAGCAAGAAAGCGGCAAUGUUGCUGCCUCUUCAAAUCCGUUCAUGGCUACGACGUCGACGAACCCCUUCUUGGCCCCUUCUGCACCCGUAACGUCGCAAGAGAAGCUGCCAGCGCCGUCUUUUAGCUUUUCCAAGCCAGAGCAGACUCAAGCGCAGACUGUGCCUUCCCUUUUCGGCGACCUAUCUGCACCUGCGUCCACGCCCGCAGCGCUUAGUGAUCCCGCGCCGGAAGAAAUGAACUCUAAAUCAACGACAGCCUCGACUCCAUUCGCUGCUCCGCUACAGCCUCCAUCAACAUUGACAACACACGGCGGUCAAGACACAAACACUGGCUCUCAGUCACCGCCGCGCCGCUCAUCCAUCAACAACUUGCCAGACACCAAACCCAAGAAACCAAGUCCGCUGUCGCAUAGCUUCACUUUCAGUGAUGAAAGCGGAUCGCACGCGGGCGCGUCGCUGAUCGGUCACGCGACCACAAAACAGCCCACGGUGGAAGAUUUGUUUCCGGGCAGGGAGAAGACAGCCCUUCCGCCGUCUUUCACUCAGACAAAGCCAGCAGCACAAUCGCCCAUCAACAUCCAACCGGCGGCACCUAGCUUUGACGCUUUGCUUGCACGGCUCUCUGAGGAGCUGACAACAGACCCUGUGUCUGGCUUUCUCAAACAGUACGUCGACUACACAGUAAAACAAGUCAUCACCAAGGUGCAGGAGGAUCUCUAUUGGGAGCGCAUGAACGCCGAAGCCGACGAAUUUCGGUCGUGGUUUUUGCAAGACAAAUAUGGCAAAAGGUGGAGAGAUACCUGCCGUCGGCAGCGACUUGCUAAACAGGGAAGAGAACGCAGGAAAAGAGCGCAGAAGAGGCUCCACGAGUCGCGAAACGGCGAAAGUCUGAGCUUCGAAGAGAUCCGGGGUGCAGCUUCCAGUUUGAGGAGCAGUAAAGCUAGCUCGGUCGCAAGUCACCAGAGCAGACGAGACAUGGUGGAUGCCAUGUACAAAUCGACAUUGGGCAGCAGUCGAUUCCCAAACGAUCGUCAGGCUCAGGCUGGCAGCAAGCGAUCGGUGUCCUCUCAAGGCCCCGACUCAGCGAUGGGUUCGACCGAAAAUGGACAUAAGCGAAUGAAGAGCACAAGCCACGUUGACGACCACGGGCGUGUGCCGCAGUCAUCAGGCAUUGCGCGCUCGUCCUUUUUGAAUUUCGCCCUCCCCACCGAUGCGCCGAACCGCAGCAGCACAACCAAGUCUCCGUACUUUCGCAUGAAGGCACUAGGAGUCAAGCCAUCCACAUAUGGUGAUACGGGAACCAGGCAGGGCACAAAGCGGCCACGCUCGGAGUCAUUCGACACGGAGCAGCGUUCGCAAUCGAGCACCUCACUACUGCGGGCAAGCUCAGAUCAGCUUCGUGAGAGGAACGAUGGCCUGAUGCGGCCGCCGUCCACGCGGUCAGUGAGAUCAAAAGCUGAUGAUGAGGAUGAAGCCCUCUUUGCGCGUCUCAAAGCUGCUAGAGAGGGACUGAGAGAAAGUGGAUCAUUUUUGAGGAAUGAGGUGGAGAAGGAGAGCGAAUUACGUCGCAGUGCGAGCUCCCUGUCUGACAGAGAGUCGCCAUCGCUGGCAAGAGCUCGAGCUGAAAUCCGCCUUCAGACAUCGCAGGCAGACUCAGACUUCGGUGCAUCUCUGAGCGACCGCGAAGUUCCGGCAUAUCGACUACGUGAGAGUCGCUUCGUUCCUAGAGAGCAAUAUGGACGUGCCCGGGAGCGAGCCAGCGAGAUCAUAGCAUCGAGGUCCCAGCGAGCGGAGAGCUUUAUGUGGCAGGCAGAUCGGCUCGGCUUCGAUCAUUCUGCAGAGGAUAACAUCGGCGCCGACGCACUCUCCGACGCUAUCGAACCGUCGUUUAACUCUCAGCCGAACAUGCCAAACGGUGUCAAUGGCAUCUCUGGCGCAUCUAGCUUUCUCUCGAAGGCCGCACCAGCUGACGAUCUAUUGGGAAUCAACGAUGCACACUUCAAUGGCUUCGACGGGUCCGGAUUCGGCUCCAACACGCCUUUCUUUCCCCAGGCAUCAUUGCCUGCGCCUCCGAUCACCAGCGGUGCUCCAGUCCCGUUUCUUGAGGACUCGUUGACGCAAGAUUCGUCAAACCCGUUCCUACAGGCACCUGUCUCCAACAGUCCUUUUAUCUCGCAGAGCGGUGACGUUUCGCAACAUGCUUAUCAGCCGUCGCAAGCUCUUGCCUUCGAUGCAGCAACAAACAGCAUGACGUACGACAACACCAUCCAGCAAUCACAGAUUGAAGGCGCAUUGUCACGGAGUUUUGUCCAGCCUUCGCAGGAUGGGCCAAGCUCGUUCGCUCCUCCAUCACUAGCAUCUCAGCCAUCGCAAACUGCUUCCAAGGCAGUACCGUCAGUGUCUGACGAUGAGUACGAGGACCAGGCAAAGAACGACGAGCCAAAUAUGCUUGACAACGGCAUGAAUGUGGAAGUCGGCGAUGGCGACGGAGACGACUCGCAGUCGGAUACCGCUGUACAAUUCAAGCCAAAAACUUCUGCGAAUCGCUUCGCAAUGCUAGCUGAAAACGAUGAGGAGAAUGAGAGUCAGGAAGGCGGCUUCGCUGGCGAGCUCUCCAGCGACGACGAGCAGACAGAGGCGCAGCCAGAUAGCUACCAGUAUGACGAUGGCGCAAACGGAGAGUACGAUAGCGAGAACGGCGAAGAGUUUGAGAGCGACCAGGGUCAAGGCCAAGCGCGCGACACUGGUGCAGGCGAAUCUAACGCGGGCUUCUACUCCGAGGAGGAAGGCGACGAUGCCGAGGAUGAGAUGGAGUACGACUCUGARGAGGGCAGCUGGGAUGAAGACGACGAUGACGGGCCAGGCUUUGUGCCGCAGGUCGCUUCUCGGUACUUGCAGCCGCAGCCAAAUGAGGCACUUCAGGUCGUUGGGCACAACGAGGAUGAUGCAAUUGAGCUCAGCGAUUGA